UGGUAUAGCGAGGUAUAUAGACUGGUAUAUAGGUAUAGUGAGGUAUACAGAUGUAUAUCACAGUGUUGGUAGGUAUAUAGACCAGUAUAGGUGAUUGGUCACUGGUAUUUUGACCACCAUAAAACUUUUUUAGAUGGUUGGUCUUGUUGCCCGUUCCCCUCCCCCCACACUCGAUAAAUGGCAGAUGAUCUGGCGAUGGAUUCUGCAAUGCAGUACGUUCUGCAGUAGAUGUUGCUUUUAAUAAAGGCCGUCCAUUGAGUUUUUUUGUCUCCUACAACAACAUCGAGUCAUAUUUUGGGAAGCGGGCGCGGGGGGGGGGGGGGGGGCAGAGCGGUGUAAGCAGAGGAUAAAUUAUUAAUGACUGGAGACUCUUCCCCUUUACUUUUCAUUAACGUUUCUGUUUUUUUUUUUUCUUCAAUGACAUCAAUGCAAAUGCUUCUAUCGGGGAGCGAUGACUGGCAGGUUUUGUGAAUGGAAUUCUCAGUGACUGUGAUGACGUCAUUGGUCGUCCAUGGGGGGGGGGGUGUCCGGACCCCCGGCUGGGGAUUGGCCGGUGUCGGGCUGGGACGGUCCCCCCAUUGGCUGGCAGGCGGUCACAGGACGCCCACACACUCUCAUGCAAGUCGGCGGGUAUAUAAGAUCGCCCUUCUUCUCAUUGGAGAGCAUUGAGAGUGAAAGUCGUAAGAGAAGUCUCUCCCAACCGACAACUUACAAUCACUGGCCAGGACAUGAUGGUUCUCCUGAAGGUCUCCUCCCUCGUCGCAGUCCUGGGCUUGGUGGUCAGCCAGAUGUCCUGCACGCAAGCAGCGCCAGUCAGACCGGGCUUGGACUCCUUAACGGACCGGGUCACCCUCAGCGACUACGAGGCGCGGCGGUUACUCAACGCCUUGGUCAAAGAAUUCGUACAGAUGACAGCGGAGGAGAUGGAGCAGGGGGGCGACGGGAACAACUUGGAUAACAGGCCCGUGUCCAAACGUUGCUUGGGCCUCAGCACAUGCGUGACGGGGAAACUGUCUCAGGAUUUUCACAAAUACCAGUACCCUCGCACCAACGUGGGCGCCGGGACCCCCGGCAAGAAGAGGAGUGUCCUGGGUGCCGCCAUGGACAAUGAACACUAUUACGGCGACCAGCUUGAUAUUAAUAACUAGGAGUCUUGAGCGGCACGAUGCAUGCGGGGCUCAUGAGUAGACAAGUGACUUAUAGCAAAUGGGCAGGGUACCCCAGCUGGAUCUGAAAUGCCCAAGACCCCCUCCCCCCCCCUCUCCUCCUCCAGAGAAGUAGCACCCCUUAUCCCCUCCGCCCCCCCAAAACACAAGCACACUGUGUUACCAAAUGAUUUAUUUUACCAAAAAUAUCACAUAGAAAAAAAAAAAGAAAAAAAAAUAUCUAUUUGUCCUUUUUUAUUUUUCUUCCUCCAUCAUUGCUUCUUACGAUGUACAAUAAAGUCAUCUUCUAUCCCGGCCAUGCACUUAAUUAAUAAACCUAUUUUUCUACGAGGUUAA